CAGCAGCGGUCAGCUCGCCUGGGUGGAGUGAACUUUAGAUAUGUAGUACAACAAAUUAGCCAGGAGGAGAGCGGUGUGGCAGAGUGAAAAACCCCUAAAAGACUAGAUUACUCGCUUAAGAAAAAACCCAUCCUGGCCGGUAAGAGACGCUCCAAACACUGAGCUGAGAUGAGUGAUGUGAGCGAAGAGUCGCUGCUGGAUUAUUUCUACUCGGCCGGGGGCGACUCAGGCAGAGUCAAAAAUGCAGAUAUACUGAGGACAUUUAAGCCUUUUAUUGGGCACAGUGACUUGCAGUUACGUGCCAAAUACCGAGAGGAAUUCAAGCUAAUCAUUGACCGAAUCGCUGUGGUGAAGUCUGAGAAUGGUGAGAAAUAUCUUAUCCUCAAGAAGAAAUACAGGAACUUGGUGCAAGAGCGAGAGGCCAAGCAUCUUAGGCCAGAUGGAGACCGACAGAGACAUCUGAGUCCAGCGAGAACAACAACAACCUCAGUGCAGUGGGAAGUGACAGAUGCCCCGACAUCUACUCAUCAUGAGAAGGAGGAACAAGAUGUGCCAAUGUCAUGUGGAGAGGCUGACGCCACAGCAGAGGACCAGCGAAAAGGUGCAGACCCUGUGCACCGCUCUCCACGGCCACCUCCUGCCAUCCAGAUCCAUGAAGCCCCAGAGCAAAGCAACGCAGAGGAUGAGCUGGACAGAGAUUCUGGGUCAAAGUCUGAGUCGGAGCAAGACGAGGAGGGUACAGGCAGUAUGGGCUCUGCUUCUGUCGCUCUGGAUCCUUUAGAGAAGGAGUGGAUCUAUUCUGCUGCCGGUGCUCGAGUCCCUGACCUCUCUCAGCUGCUCAGACAGGACCGCGCACUGGCAAACAAGAAGGAUUUCACUUCAGGUUUUACAGCUCUGCACUGGGCUGCCAAACAUGGCAAUGAGGAAAUGGCCACACUCGUGGUUAAUGCCGGUGGCGAUGUCAACAUUAAAUCACACGGGGGAUACACACCUUUACACAUCGCAGCGUUACAUGGACAUCGGCACAUUCUUGACCUGCUCGUAGGGACAUACGGGGCUAAAGAAAACUUGCGGGACUACAGUGGUCAUCUUGCCUGCCAUUAUCUUAACAUCAAAGAAGCAGAAGGUCCAGAUGAAGACUGUGAGCUACAGUUUCAAGUAACUCAGGCCAGGGAGCGGAACAAGAACAGGAAGUUGGCAUCGUUGUUUCACUCCAAGAAGAAGUGGGGGUCAGCAGAGGAGCUGGCUCCGAUAGAGGAGGAGAGGACAGCGUCACAUCAGCUCGCACUUCCUGCUUUUAGACCCAGAAAAUUCUCCCGCUGAGAAAACAAACUCCAGGAUCAAUCCAGCUCUGACGCUGUUCCCACACUCACUCUGUCACUCACUUUGCCCUUUCAGGCAUUCAUAUUUACACACAUGUACCAAGUAUUAAUGUGUAUAUUUAUUAUAUGUACACACACACACACACACCUGUGCUUACAGAUCCAAUCAAAUGUUUGCCACCUAAACAAAAUUAGAGAAACCAGGUAUACUUGUUCAUGCAUAUAAUCCAUAUUUUUCCUCACAGCUUGUUUAAAUAUUUUUUUGAAUUUUUAAUUUUGUUAAUCAAUGUUCUUCAGUGUUACUUAAAGUGACACAUGCCUUACAAGUUUUCCUUAAGCUGAGGCCAUGAUGGUCAAGCUAGUGAUUUUCUCUAUUUUUCUUGUUUUCUUGUUUACAAAUUCAAUGAAAAGACCAAAAAUGAUAACGUCUUAGUCUCCCUCUCUAUACUUGUUCAGCCUUUCAGUGGUUUUCAGAUCUCUAACUUUUAAAAAAUUGCUCAAGAAUGCACAUUUUUAAGAGUGACCACCGAAUCAAGACUUUGUAUUAUUGGAGAGUAUUUUUAGUCGUACAUCGGCUGGCUUAGUAAGAAUUUAGGGAUUAAAAUAAACUACAGUUUUAAUGAUAAAUAAUACACCACACUGAUCUGUAGUUGGUAGGUUUUUAAGCAACGGCUGAGCAUUCUGACACAGAAAAAAAAAAGUCUGACUUUAAGUUGAGCGAUAAUACUUCUCAUUUCCAUAUAUACAAAUAAAAGUUACCAGACUUGGCCCUUAAAAGGAUCAUUUAAUGUCUUUUGUAUGUUUCGGUCCUUUAAAUGCACCAUAACUUAAGCUGAACAUUGCAGUUAAACUGAUUUCCUUCAGUCCUUGACAGCAGCUAACAUUAAUUACGGUAUGUGGUAAAAGUAUUAUUUAAAACUUAACACUCUUAAGGGAAUGUACAGAACAGUGCCUCACUGCAAAUAUAAUUCACAAAAACACUAAAUUUAGCAUUUAACCAUUUGAUUUCACUCUGCUUCUUUAAAAAACUUUGCUCAUUGCCCUCCUUUCAACAAAAAUAAAAUACUAAACCUUCCCUCUUUUUCUCGCGCUCCUCCUCCUCCACCAGCUCACACUCAAAUACAGAGUCUAUAACACGACUUUAUAAAUGAGCAGCUGGAAAAUUCACCCAGUAAUGAGAUAAUGCAAUCAAAACAAGGAUAAAUAUUUGUUGUGUCUAAGCUGUCUAAAGCAGGUUUCUUACAAAUGACUUUUCAGACAGCACUGAAGAUUAGUUUCUUGAGUAAAUGAAUAAGCAUUUGCCUGUUUGCAUAAUAUUUGGCAGCUGUGCUUCUAAUUUGUAGUAACUGGGCUAAACAUACAAAACUAUUAUUUUUUUCCUUUUAGAUCUUGAGAUUUAGUGCAAAGCAGUAUUAGCAUUUUUGCAAGCCUAUAUCUCUGCUGUGCCCCUGCUGGUUACUCUCAGGUUAGAAUAACUGUGUAUCUGACGUGAGGCAGUUUUUCUUAGUUUGGUGGUAAAAUAACUCUGAGCACAGAUGAGGUCACUCUGUUACUCGAUGAAGGAUUGUUAGGGAAACAAAGUGGUGUUUGCUGAUUGUACUUGAUUUGCUCACCAGCUGUUUAUCAAAAUGCCUGGUAACUUUUUUUUUUAAAAAUGCGUUGUUACAUUGUGUUCUAAAGAUGUUGCCAGCUGCUUUUAAUGCUUUAAAAGUGACAUAUUCAUUACUUUUAUGUUGUUGGCAAAGAUUCUCAUUUUGUGUCAUUUAUUUUUAAUCUAAUUCUAGCCUCAGUUACAUUUUUGCACAUUAUUUAUAUAAUGAAGAUAUUUUGUAAUUAAACUGCCUUUUAUAUGAA